AUGACCAAACCCAACCCCAACGACGGUCUUGCCGUUCGUAAGACUCAAGCUACCAUGUCGACUCGUAAGCGUCGGCUUCCCACCUCCGAGCUCGAGGCCACGGUGCCAGCCAGCCAGAAGCCCAAGGUCAAGAGGCGCCAGAGGGACUUGCUGGAAGAGGAACGUGGGGAAGACUUCGACAAGCCUCUGUCUUGCUUCUCCACCGACGACAUCGCGUACAUCCGCAAUCUGGGCUUUCGUGUGCCAACGCGCAAAGUCAACAUCUACUCGGAGCCCAAACACUAUUACAUCAGCGUGUUCAGCUACUUCCUGCCACCCAUUCUCAUCAACGCCAAUAUCGAGGAUGAACAUACCUACGAAUCAUGGUGUAAGCUUUUCAACUUGGCCGGCGGACCCGACAAUUCCAAGUACGGCGCUACGAUCUUCAAAAACUUUGACUACGAUCAGGAGAAGGCCGACACUCUCCUCAGAGGUGCGCAACUGUUGCAAUGGUUCCACGACUCCCCUCACGAGAAGUGCGGAUUUGACAUCAUCAUGCCUGAGAUCCACCCUCUGCAUGGAAAGGUCGACGGCGUACCUGUCGACGUCCCCAAAUUCGAGGAUGCCAGGACCACCCUUGAUCUCUUUCAACUGAAGGCUAAGUACAAGAAGUUCAUCUCCAACAUGAAGAUCAAAGACGGGGAAGUCACAACCUCAGACCUCGAACUCAUGCUCCAGAGCCCCAACCUCGACGUCGGCCAGCGUAAUCUGUUCUCAGCCAUCACUCAGGUCGCCUUCGAAGCCAGGGACUUCAACGCCUUCACGGAGUUCCUGAUAAAGUCACACGCCAUCAAUGCUGGAGCUCGCGACGCCAAGGUCAAGGAGUUACCCAAGGUCAAGAAGGGAGCUAUCAGAGAGCCGGGCGAUGGAGGAACCGAGGGCGAGGUCGGCAAGGUCCAUGCUUUAUUCAAGCAAGUCGUCGGACACAAGACUAACAACGAGGACGUCGAGAUCGAGGAACAGAACCUCGAUUCCACCAUUGCCGAAACCUGGGUCCGAGAGCAUAGGUCAUUGAACAAGGUCGGAGGAUAA